AUGGCUCCUAAGCACCUGCAAAGACUCCAGCAAACCCUCGGCCAUCUGUCCGGCGGCGCCCGCACCUCAGAUGCUCCCCAAGAAACUCAACUUUCGAUUGUGCAUGGGCCGAGUGAGCCGCCGCUCUCGUCCGAAACGCUAGGCACGCUGCUUGAGCGGCAAGUUGAGGCCUUUGGGGACCGAUGCGCCGUCAGAUGCUCCUGGACAGGGCAACAGCUUACUUACAAGGAGCUUCACAGCCGCAGCAGAGCACUCGCAGCAGGUCUGCUAUCCCUAGGCCUUACUCGCGGCGACCACAUCGCCAUCAUGGCGGGCAACUGCGAGCAGUAUGUCGAGGUCAUUUUUGCUGCUGGGUUGGUGGGGAUGCCGCUAGUGGUCCUGAACACGAACUACACAAAUGACGAGGUUGAGAAUGCGGUGCAUCGUGCUGAAUGCCGGUUGCUCUUCACAACUCCGUUUAUCGGCUCACGAAACAUGGCACCUACUAUCAAGAGUAUGCGCGCCAAGCAUCUUUCGUCCUCUACGGACCCGCUCACUUUUGUUCUUUUGGAGCGAGGUGAUGCCAAGGGGGCGGAUGGGGCCAUUCCCUACGAAUCACUUAUUCUGCGGGGACUUGACGUUCCUCUGAAGGAGCUUGAGCGUGCUGAAAAAGCAGUGCAGGCAGACGAUGUCUGCAGUCUGCAGUUUACGAGUGGAACCACGGGCAAGCCCAAGGUUGCCAUGUUGACCCAUAGCGGGCUGAUCAAUAACUGCAUCGGAUCCGGUCAUCGGCUAAAGCUCACCGAGAAUGAUGCCCUAUGCUGCGUGGUACCUCUGUUCCACUGUUUCGGCCUCGUACUGGGCGUUCUCAUGUCUGUGGCACACGGCAGCUUGCUCGUGUUUCCGAGCGAGAAUUUCAGUCCAGUCCGGGCUCUCCAGUCCAUGACGCAGGACAGAUGUACGCUCAUCUAUGGGGUCCCAACUAUGCAUACAGCCUAUAUCCAGGAAGUCCUGUCUCAGCCUCCUGGAACUUACGAUCUAUCAUCUGUAAGGAUUGCUAUUACUGGUGGAGCUGCUACCCCAAUGAAACUAUUCAGAGAGAUUCGGGAGAUCUUGCAGGUUCCUCAUAUUAUACAAGCAUUUGGCAUGACGGAGUGCUCUCCAGUCACUUUUCUGACCACGGUUGAAGACUCUUUCGAGACCUGCUCGACAACGGUAGGAAAGGUCAUGCCGCAUGUCACGGCGAAAGUGGUCAACACCGAUGGCAAGACUGUUCCUCUAGGGCAAAGAGGUGAAAUUCUCAUUGCGGGCUACAACAGUUUCCGUGGCUACUGGAAGAAUCCACAGGGCACCGAGGAGAUGCUGCACAAAGAAGAGGAUGGAACUGUUUGGCUGCGUACUGGUGACGAAGUGACGCUCGACAAAGAUGGAUUCUGCCGUGUGACGGGGCGCAUCAAGGAUAUCAUCAUCCGCGGCGGCGAGAAUAUCUACCCUGCCGAGAUUGAGGACUGUCUUGUCCAGCACCCGUCAAUUAUACAAGCCAGUGUUGUCGGUAUCAAGGAUGCCAGGUACGGCGAAGUUGUCGCCGCCUUUGUCCAGCAGGAGGAGGGAUCAGGUCCAGGUCGCCCCUCGACCUCUGAACUUCAAACUUGGGUCGGCAAGACGUUAGCAAGACACAAGAUCCCGGCCUACAUCUGGUGGAUCGGGGAUAAGGACGUGUGUGAGACCCUACCGCAGACCGCUAGCGGCAAAGUUCGCAAGGUAGCCCUGCGCGACACCGGGUCAAGGCUAAUUGGGGCAUGA